AUGUCCGUCAAGAAGAUCUGCUGCAUUGGUGCUGGCUACGUCGGCGGACCGACUUGCGCUGUCAUCGCGCUCAAGUGCCCUAACAUCCAGGUCACGAUCGUCGACCUGAACCAGGCGCGUGUCGACGCAUGGAACUCGCCCGAGUUCAAGCUGCCCAUCUACGAGCCCGGCCUCGUCGACGUUGUCAAGCAGGCCCGCGGCCGCAACCUCUUCUUCUCGACCGACGUCGACAAGGCCAUCGCAGAGGCUGACCUCAUCUUCGUCUCCGUCAACACCCCGACGAAGAAGUCUGGUGUUGGCGCCGGCUACGCUGCCGACCUCGCAUACGUCGAGUCCGCAACGCGCCGCAUCGCGGAGGUUGCCACGAGCUCGAAGAUCGUCGUCGAAAAGUCGACCGUGCCCUGCCGCACGGCCGAGUCGAUGCGCACCAUCCUCGAGGCAAACUCGAAGCCCGGCUGCCGCUUCGAUAUUCUCUCCAACCCCGAGUUCUUGGCAGAGGGCACGGCCAUCUCUGACCUCUUCGCGCCCGACCGUGUCCUCAUCGGCUCCCUCCAGACUAAGGAGGGUAUCGCCGCAUGCCAGGCCCUCACCGACGUCUACGCCAACUGGGUCCCCCGCGACCGUAUCCUUACCGUCGGCCUCUGGUCCUCUGAGCUCUCCAAGCUCGCCGCCAACGCCAUGCUUGCCCAGCGUAUCUCGUCCAUCAACUCGCUCUCGGCGCUUUGCGAGAUCACCGGCGCGAACGUCGAGGAGCUCGCACACGCCAUGGGCCGUGAUUCGCGUAUCGGUCCCAAGUUCCUCAAGGCCUCCGUCGGCUUCGGUGGCUCUUGCUUCCAGAAGGAUAUCCUCAAUUUGGUCUACAUCUCCGAGAGUGUCAACUUGCCCGAGGUCGCGGCGUACUGGCGCCAGGUGAUCACCAUGAACGACUACCAGAAGAGCCGCUUCUCGCGUGAUGUCGUCAAGACGCUCUUCAGCACUAUCACCAACAAAACCAUCGCGGUCCUUGGAUUCGCAUUCAAGGCGGAUACCGGUGACACCCGCGAGUCGCCUUCCAUCACCCUUGUUCGCGACUUCUUGCUCGAGAGCGCGAAGGUUACGAUCUACGACCCCGAGGUGCCGCAUGAGCAGAUCUGGCUCGACCUCUCCGAGGCACUUCCCGCAUGGCCGCUUGAGAAGAUCAAGAAGGCUGUCACCCUCGCUCCCUCUGCCCUUGAGGCGGCGAAGAAGUCCGAGGCGAUCGUCGUCGCGACCGAGUGGAAGGAGUUCAAGGACCUCGACUGGAAGCAGGUCUACGACACAAUGAAGAAGCCCGCAUUCGUGUUCGACGGUCGUCUGAUUCUCGACGCGCCCGCGCUCCGCUCCAUCGGCUUCAAGGUCAAGCAGAUCGGUCGUCCCGAGGUGCUCGACAGCUCCGCAUGA